AUGACUAUCAAAAUCCAAAGCAUGAAGGGGAACCAAAAUAUUGUCAUCCCUACCGAGAGGCACAAGACUCAUGAGAGAACUGACUUAGAGGUGGCAAGAUUUGUCCUUCGGUUGUUCAAUACCUACGUUCCUCGUAUCGAAGAUCGUCAGCAGCAACAUGAAGAUGCAUAUCCCUCGAAAUGGUUCGGGGUCCAUUUAGAAACCCCAACAAAACCGUCGUUGCACGUCUUCGGAGCUCUUGCUACUCUUUUGAAAGAGUCUCAGCUUCCUCCCUUCCAACAUUAUCCUUCUUUAGUAUCUUUCGUUGGAGAUACUGGAGCUGGAAAAAGCACAUUAAUCAAUGGGAUUACCAAGCUGGUAGCGUUUAUAAACAAAGGAGAGACCAACACGGAUUCCCCUCAGUCGGAGGCCAUCGACACUUUAUCUCCGGUUAUGGGAACGACCACCGACCAAUGUGUCCCCACCAGCGGCGAUGUACAUUUAUUCUGCGAUCCGGUGACCCGCGACACCAAAUACCCCAUGUACUAUGCCGACUGCGAAGGGAUGAAUGGCGGCGAGAAUGUCCCAAUUGCUGAAAAGUGUCUAGGGAGUAAGACACUUCAGAGGAUGCGGGAUUUGAACUUCGAGAAACACCUAGAAAAACUACUCCUUUGGGCAAAUAAGGCCAUUGAUAUGUCUACCAAUCAACCUCUACUUCCUCACGCGGUUAUUAUAAUCAAUGUCUUCGAACCGGAGACUUCGUCUGAUGAUGAUGGCUUCCACGACUGGUGGAAUCAUGACAAAGUCACAACGGAGUUUCUAAGGUUGCACCAAAAUUUGGUCGAUAAUGACUCCUCAAUAAUAGGACAGAUGGCGAAUAAGUGGAGAAACCAGAGUGGGCGGGAAAUCAAGACUCUUCGACAUCUGAUAAGAUGCUACUACUCCGACUUUAAGCGUUACUUUGAUCGAUGGCUUACUACUGCGGUACAACGGCCAAGCGGCGGAGGUAUAAUCGCCGCAGGAAUAGGCCUCAGACAGUUUGAUAUUGACGAGGCGAUUGGAGUAUUCAAGAGAUUGGCGAAUACAGCGUUCAUCAAACGACGAGGCGCCGAGAUACCAAUCAUCGGACACUUGGUUGUGGCUCGCCAUCAUGGCCUUUAUAAGACAUUACCGCUGGAAAGCACAUUGAAGGAGGUUUUCCGGGAUACCCCGAUUUUUGGGGCCAAUCUUGACAGAAACCAAGAAAUCGUAAGAAACUUGAAAGUGGCAGUUACGAUGACAUCUAACCGCCGUUCUUUCCUCGUCGGAAACUAUAAUCGACCUUCUCGCCAAAAGCUUUGCAUAAAGAAGAUGGAGAAUGAAUGCGUAGAUUUACCUAUAGAGGAGCCGUGGGCCAUCGAGACUGGAAGCGAGCCUGGUACCGGUCCUAACGAAGUACUCAAUAUGAAUAGUGAAAGGGGUGUACUUCCACUUAAGAAAAACACUAGUAAUAUACAACUCCUUCAGGAUGACGGCUCAGCAAGCAGGGAAGAUGAAGAAGACACGCAUAGCAUCGACACAGACAUGUACAGCGAAGACGAAAGUAAACAACACUGCGAAGAUGUUCCAAGAACAUCACCUUCAGCUUCAGAAGCAAGUGACGACCGGUCUGUUUGGGAUACAGAUGCCGAAUCUUUUGAGCCCUCCAUGAUCAAGGUUAUAGAAAGUACUGAUAAUUCUCCAGACACUGGUGAUUAUGUUUUUCUCAGGGGAGACAAUAUAGAAACAGAGUUGCAAGUUUGGGAAGCAGCCCGGGCUACAUCAGCAGCACCGGGGUAUUUCAAGUCGUUUCUACACCCUGCAACUAAGUAUGCCUUCGAUGAUGGUGCUCUAAAAUGCAAUAAUCCUGUAUUUAUUGCAGACUGGGAAAGGAAGGCAAUAUGGCCGAAUUUCUCAAAACAAGACCCCGAUAUCGUGCUUUCAAUUGGAACAGGUUUUGAUCCAAAUCCGCCAGCUCCUGCAACCGAGAACUCAAAACCUGUGCCAAAGCGGGGUGUCAGGAGUUUUGCGAAAAAGCUUUGGAAAAUCGGAUCUGAAGCUGUAUUGGAGGACAUGAAUUCGGAACUUAUGUGGAAUGACUUUAUUAAAAGUAUCGGACUCGAAGACAUUGAGUGCGAAGGAUUUGAAAGAUAUCAGAGACUCAAUCCGCAUCUCAAAUCACCGAUUCCACGACUAGAUGCUAUCGAUCAACUUGAAAACUUAGAACAGGCUGUGAAAGAAUAUGUAUCGAAAGAUACUACAAAGCUCACUCUAAUUUCGAAUAUGAUGGUUGCAUCGCUUUUUUACUUCGAUUUCUGCGAUGCCUUCAUGGAAGUCACUCAAGAUACAUGCACAUACCACUCGAAAGACGCAAACCUCACAUGCAAAGGGCGGAUAAAAUGUCGGGUGGGAUCAGUCGCACUAUCACGGAAAAUGGAAACCUAUCGAUGUAGGGGUGGGAAAAGUAGAGCGCUUUUCCUGAUCGGUGAGAAAUAUAGGCCGAUCGAGGAAAUGGAAGAAUUGAAAGCGGAACUGUCCAUCACAGACGGUCCACAAGACACGAGAGUAUUCGGUUACCUGCACAACGCGAGCGCCGGAAAGUUUAGGCAUUUCGACAUUGAUAUUAAAUUCGAGCUUAAUUCGCGAAGAUACGGGGUAUUGGUUAUGUAUAUGAACGCGGCGGAGGGAGGACACCUAGAUGUUGUGAAUCGGUUACUGGAUACAAAUGCCACUAUCAAUGCUCCUCCGGCGAAAGAACACGGGCUAACGGCCCUGCAAGCUGCCGCAGGUGGAGGUUUUCUCUCCGUGGUACAAUCGUUGCUACAGAGUGGGGCAGAUGUAGGUGGAGGUUUGUCCGGCUGUCGCGGGAGAACAGCACUACAAGCUGCGGCAGAGGGUGGCCAUAUGAAUCUGGUCAAUCUACUAUUAGAUCAAGGGGCCGUUUUGAACUCUGGGCCCGCCAGAAAGAACGGGCGAACAGCACUACAAGCUGCGGCAGAAGGGGGCCAUCUUGACGUUGUUAAGAGAUUGGUAGAUUAUGGAGCAGAUGUUAAUGAGUCGCCAGGAGAUGAGGAGGGAAGAACAGCGUUACAGGCGGCAGCAGAGUGUGGACAUUUGGGCGUGGUUGAUGCAUUGCUGAGAUAUGGGAGUCAUGUGGAUGCGGAGGCAGCGAAGCAUGGAGGCCGCACAGCGGUGGAGGCCGCGGCUGAAAACGGCCACGUGGAGGUUCUAAUUCAAUUACUAAGAAAUAGAAUCGAUCCAAAGUCAGGCGACUUGGCGAAUGCGCUAAAAUGUGCGGCAGAACGCGGUCAUCUGGCGCUGGUCGCUAUAUUACUUGACCUUGGGGCCGAUGACAAUGCGCCCGCAGUGUACCCCGGCCGAACAGCACUACAGUCGGCGGCGGGAAGGGGCCACGCUGUCAAUAUCCUGCUCGCGAAAGGUGCCGACGUCAAUGCCCGCCCCUCAGAGUUGUCCGGCCGAACGGCACUACAGGCGGCGGCGGCGGGGAGGGGCCACAUCGAUGUUUUUAAUAUCCUGCUCGCGAAGGGUGCCGACGUUAAUGCACCCCCCGCCUGGUAUGGCCGAACAACACUACAAGCGGCGGCGGAAGGGGCCCACAUCGAUGUUGUCAAUAUUCUGCUCGCGAAGGGUGCCGACGUCAAUGCCCGCCCCUCAGAGUUGUCCGACCGAACAGCACUACAUGCGGCAGCGGAAGGGGGCUACAUCGAUGUUGUCAAUAUUCUUCAGAAAGAGAAAGAUCAAUACUUGAUUGACUAG